CCGAUGUAGUAAGGUGGAUUAUACGUAUAGGCCUAUACAAUACGAUCUAUGAUGGCACAGACCCUGACAAGACGUGCUUUGCAAGCAUGUGUAAAACGAAUAAGAGAAUCGGCUUAUGGUAGAACUAUUAACAGUAUUUCACCAUGUUUUCUAUGUAAAGGUCAUUCAUCUAGUAGUAAUUUGGUAUUAACAUCUAUAUCUAUAGAUAUUACAAGAAGUUUCCAUUUAUCAUCAUCAUUUAAUGCCAUCAAAGAGUUCAUUCUGUCUGAUAUAGGAGAAGGUAUCAGAGAAGUUCAAGUACUUGAAUGGUUUGUUAAAGAAGGAGAGAAGAUAGCACAGUUUGAUCCAGUUUGUGAAGUAAAGAGUGAUAAAGCAUCUGUUACUAUUACAUGUCGAUUUGAUGGUAUAAUUCGUAAACUUCAUUAUGACGUGGAUGAAACGGCUCAAGUUGGUAAACCACUUUUAGAUAUAGAGGUUGAUAAAAUAAAAGAUGCACCAACAGACCAUGUUGAUGAUGUAGAAGAAGUGCCAUCUAGUACACACCAGACUAUUAAAGGUUCUAAGGUUCUGGCUACACCAGCUGUUAGACGAUUAGCUAUGGAAAACACCAUUGAUUUAGGUGAUAUACAAGGUACAGGUAAAGAUGGUAGAAUCCUUAAAGAAGAUGUAUUAAUACAUCUAGAAGGUGCUACACAACAUUUAACUGAAAUUGCACCUCUCCCAGAACAACCUGUACCAAAUAAAUCUAAAUCUACUCCUGUAUCUCGGGUAGCAGAACAGUCACCAGCUAUAGUGCGACCUGUAUUAGGUAAAGAUAGAACAGAACCUAUUAAAGGAAUAACUAAAGCUAUGGUGAAAGUGAUGAGUGAAGCAUUAACUAUACCCCACUUUGGUUACUAUGACGAAUUGGAUCUCAGUAAUCUUGUACAGUUACGGAAAGAAAUAAAAUAUGUUGCUGAAAAACGAGGAAUCAAAUUAUCAUACAUGCCAAUCUUUAUAAAGGCUGCAUCAAUGGCAUUAACAGAUUUUCCAAUUUUAAACUCCAGUUUAGAUUCCAAAUGUCAACAUAUAACUUAUAAGGCAUCCCACAAUAUAGGUUUGGCUAUGGACACACCAGAAGGAUUAACUGUGCCAAAUGUAAAAAAUGUUCAGUCUUUGAGUAUAUUAGAAAUAGCUGGAGAAUUAAAUAGACUACAAAGUUUAGGAAGUGCAGGAAAACUUGGUUCUAGUGAUUUAUCUAAUGGAACAUUUUCUUUAUCAAAUAUAGGAACAAUUGGAGGAACAUAUGCUAGACCUAUCAUACAUCCACCACAAGUAGCUAUUGGUGCACUUGGAAAAAUUCAGGUUUUACCACGUUAUGAUUACCAUGGUAACCUGAUAAAAGCCCAUAUCAUGAAUGUCAGUUGGUCAGCUGAUCAUAGAGUUAUAGAUGGUGCUACAAUGGCCAGAUUCUCAAACAAGUGGAAAGAACUUAUAGAAAAUCCAUCGAAAAUGAUUUUAGAUCUGAAAUAGUUGAUAUUUGAUAGUUUAUAUGAAUGAAAUGAAAUAGGGUUAAAUGUCCUAGAUAGUUUAUAUAUGGUCUAUAAUGUUGUAUAAUAUCACAUGGAUCUGUUUAUAAUAUGUGUUUUAGAAAUGUAUUAUAUAAUCAAUGAACCAAAACUUUAUGUUGGGUAUGAUUUAUCAUUGAUAUUCUGCCACUGUACAGUUGUAAAAUUAACAAUGAUCACAAUAUUGAUUGCAUUUCUCAUAGAAUUUUCAGGUGAGGGCAAGUGCAACACAAAGAGUUAUCAUCUUUGCAAUAUGAAAGAAUUAUUUUCUGUGUAGCGGGAAUAUCGUGGGGGAGGGUGGGGGCAACUGGUAGGUGGCGUGGUUUCCAGACCACACUUGUUGAUUACAAUGAAUAAGUUCACAUGCAUAAACUUUUUCUUUCGGUCCUCUGGUUUCCUCCCACUGCUAAAGACCCCAGAAUGCAAACAAAUUAUUGAAAUAAGAUUAUACCAUAUCAUAUGUUAGUCCCAAAAUGACCUAGUUUGUGUUAAGUGAAUGUUAAACACAAUAUAUAUAUAUAUAUAUAUAUAUAUAUAUAUAUAUAUAUCUGUCUCUAUUUUUCUAUUUCGCGAGUCAGUUACUCAUUAUUACUACAUUAUAUUUUACAAAGUUGUGGUAAAGGGCAUGUUGGGCCGUUUUCCUAAAACUUGCCACAGGGAAAGCCUAACAUUCUUGUUGUCCACCCGCUUUUAGAAGAAAGCAAGGGGUCUGUCCAUCACACUUUUUAUAUGCCCACAUAGAAAUGUGGACGUAUAUUGCCGUCUCCCCCGUCCGUCCGUCUGUCGUCCACAAUUUCUUGUGAACGCUCUAACGCCAAAAGUUAUCAUCCAGUUGUUUUAAAAUUGAUAUAUGUUGUUUGCAUUAGUGAGAUGAAGAAGCCUAUUUAAUUUCAAUAAUUUUCGUUUAUUAUGUCUAGAGUUAUGGCCCUUGUUUCACUUUGUUGAACCUUGUGAAUGCUCUAAUGCCAAAAGUGAACAUCCGAUCUUUGUGAAAUUUAUAUGCAAUAUUUAAAUUAGGGAAAUGAAGAAGCCUAUUGAAUUUCAGCAAUUUCCGUUUAUUACUUCUAGAGUUAUGGCCCUUGUUUCACUUUGUUUAACCUAGUGAACGCUCUAAUACUAAAAGUUAUCAUCCUAUCUUUCUGAAAUUUAUAUGCAUUAUUUAAAUAAGUGAAACGAAGAAGCCUAUUGAAUAUCAGCAAUUUCCGUUUAUUACGUCUAGAGUUAUGGCCCUUGUUUCUCUUUAUUGAAUCUUGUGAACACCAAAAGUUAUCACCCAGUCUUUGUGAAAUUUAUAUGCAUGAUUUAAAUUAGUGAAACGAAGAAGCCUAUUUAAUUUCAAUAAUUUCUGUUCAUUACGUCUAGAGUUAUGGCCCUUGUUUCCAAUGCCAAAAGUUAUCAUCCGAUCUCUCUGAAAUAUAUAUGCAUUAUUUAAAUCAGUGAAACGAAGAAGCAGCCUAUUGAAUUUCAGCAAUUUCUGUUUAUUACGUCUAGAGUUAUGGCCCUUGUUUCACUUUAUUGAACCUUGUGCACGCACUAACAUCAAAAGUUAUCUUCCGAUCUGUAUGAAAUUUGCAUGCGUCAUUUAAAUUAGUAAAGAGAAAAAUCCUAUUGAAUUUCAGCAAUUUCCGUUUAUUACUUCUAGAGUUAUGGUCCUUGUUUCACUUUGUUCAACCUUGUUAAUGCUCGAUUGAUGAAAGUUAUCAUCCGAUAUGUAUGAAAUUUAUAUGCAUCAUUCAAAUUUGUGAAACAGAGGUCUAUUGAAUUUCAGUCAAUAAUUUCUAGAGUUAUGGCGGUUGUGAACCUUGUGAACGUUUGAAUGACAGAAGUGAUCAUCUGAUCAGUAUGAAAUUUAUAUGCAUUAUUUAAUUUAGUAAAACGAAAAAGCCUGUCAAAUUUCAACAAUUUCUAUAGAUUACUUCCAGAGUUGAGACCCUUGUUUCAGUUUAUAGAACCUUGUGAACCCUCAAACGGCAAAAAUUAUAAUCUGAUCUUGUAAAGACCCUCAAUUACCUACAAAGGAAUGAAUAUGCGACAACCCUUGUCGACCGCUGGGACGAUUUAGCUGCUGUGGGCAUAUGUUUCGUUGCCUGGCAACCUAUCUUUGGAACACAAUAACUCUUCGUCUUAUUGAGGUAAAAUGUUCAAACAGAUCUUUGUAAAUACAGAAUGGAUUUGGACAGAUAUUCCUAUUAGAGAUUCAUCUUUCAUAAUAUUGUAGUUUCCAAAUAAUUCAUGUAAAGAAUCAGUGAGGCGUUUAUGAGUACACAUCCGAGCUGUGUCAAUGGUAAUUAAGGAAUAAACAUGGCUAAUAUGCAUUCAGUCACUGUGACGUCAUUGGCAUUUGUGGGAAUUAAGAAUGUUUUGGAUAAUUGCCAAAGUCGUUUUAGGCGAGAUCUAUAUUUCUGACUUUGAGUGAAGAUGUCUCGAAUAAUUAUGAAUGGAUUUGAAUUAAAUUGCUGUAAGUGUAUAAAAUAAACACAGGAUGUAGGCACAUAUAUACAAUCUUGUUCUGGUCAUUUAUGUCCUCUUUAAUUGUUGAUUUAAACAGUAUUUGAAUACAUUUUAGCGUGGAUUUAUCAGUGAAUGAUUUAGAUAUUGUCUGAAAAAUGCAAAUGCUUCUAAACAGCUUUAACUUGGAUAUCACUAUUCCGAUUUAUAGGAUAUUUUGUUUCAUCACACAGUAUGUAUCCGUCAGAUGAUAUCGCUUAUAUUGCAUAAAACAGUAUAUAGUUUCAGUAUGAUUUUCUUUUGAUUUGUUUAUAUCAUUUAGAAAUGAUAAAUAUCAUACUAAUGUUUUCUAUUAUAUAUACAUGUAGUAACAACUCUUGAUAAAGUUAUGAUACAUUUGAUAUAAAAAAGAAUUUGUAUGAGAAAUUUGCCUGGCCUUUGACAAGAAUCGUUGAAAGCGCGACAAGACUGUCAAACUUUCUGGCAUUGUCAACUUUGGACAACGCUCAGAACAAGGGUUUUGGCUUCAAUGGCUUCAUCUAAUGGUUAUAGAACUUCACGAAAUUGGGAAACUAUUAAGUUUUGUUGAUUCAUAUUGUUGUUUUAUUAUGAACUCGAUUUUUUACAGUAAACUUUAUUUUCUCACAACUAUGCUUUAUAUCUGAAGGUAGGCAAAACAUCAUGAUUUCUUCAUAUUUUGGGAUUAUUUUAUUUGUUUUUGAGAACUGGUUGUUAAAAUAUAUAGUACAUAUUGAGAUUAUAGACAUUUUUAUUACAUAUAUAUGUAUAUAUAGAGAUUUACUGUGAUGAACUGAAAAAUAUUGAUACCAUAUCGAAGAGUUAGACCCACUUAAUUUAUUGUCCCCAGCCUUUCGAAGAUAGCAGGGGACUAUUAAAAUGGGUUCGUCCAUCUGUCUGCUCAGGGUAAGCAGAGUGAUAAGCAAUUUGAUUGGUCGAGACUUUGGAACACAAUAACUCUCAAUCUAAUUGAGUGAGAAUUUCACACAAGGCGAGUAGGUGUCUAUUAGGUGAGUGCCUUGAUGGAGUUCGAAGAUGAGAAUUUUCUGCUUAGGGUAAGCAGAGAUAAGCAAUUUGAUUAGUUGAUGCUUUGGGACACCAUAACUUUUAGUUCUAAUUAAGUGAGAGUGAGGACACGUGGUGUAUAGCUUUAUUACAUCAAUACCUUGACUAUGUUCGAUAAUAAACAUUUUCUGCUGAGAGUAAGCAGAGCGAACAGCAAUUUGAUUGGACGAGACAUUGGACACAAAAACUCUCCUUCUAAUUGAGGUAGAAUGUUCAACCUUGGUGUAGGCGUUCAUUAGGUGAAUGCCUUGAUGGAGUUCGAUGAUGAACACUGUCUGCUUACAGUAAGCUGAGAUAAGCAAUCUGAUUGGUUGAUGCUUUGGUGCACGAUAACUUUGGUUUUUAUGAAGUGAGAGCGAUGAAACUUCCUCUUCUUGAAAAGUUUAUAAAAUAUGGUUGCGUUGUUUUUCCGUAGAAAAUUAAUACGGUUGCCUUCUGGUGCCAUAUAGAUGCGUUUAAGUUUAAUUUGUAAUUUUUUAUAUGAACAUUUUGUGUAAGAUAAAAUUAAUCUAUUUUCAAGAGAUUUAUUUUUAUUAUAAUUACUCAAGGCAUUUUUGUAAAGUUUAUAUUGGGAAGUACAAAUUUCAUUGAACAUAGCUUUAUUUAAAUAUGAUGAACCUUCUAUUUUAUUUAUACAGAAGGGUGAUAUUAUUUCCAUAAGGGUCCGGGAGAAUUCGUCAACACUGUUAUCUAUUGAAGUUUUCGACCGGUCAUUUAGGGUACAACUAUCAAUUAAAACAGGCUGAUAAUAUUA